AUGUUUUCAAAAGAACCAGCCGAGAGUUCACCCAUGGUAGCUAACUGUGAAACAGGUUCAUUUCAAGAUAUAGAGCACCAGCACCCUGAUAUAGUAGCCAUUAACCAAAACGGGAUCUUGACAGGCCAUGUUAUGGACUUCUGUAAGGCCUCUCUCUCUCUCUCUUUUACAUCUUAUGAUAUCCUUUACACUGCUAACACGCGCUCAGUCCUUUGGGAGCGUCUAGAAAUGUACAGCAUGUCUCAGGCAACCGAGAUAACGAAAAAUGUUUGGCAAGGGCCAUCCCCGGAUUUGAGUUACGACAUGGGCGGGCCGCCAACUAGUCAUUAUGACGUUUUUAUUGAAACGCACGACGGUGCCAGUAUACCCGAUACAAGAUACUUGGCUAAGAUAUCGUCACAGCUCCAUAAAGGCCCGCAUCAUAUUGAAUUUCCAUCGUCAGGUAGCAUUAUGGCAUCCUCAUGGAGCCAACCCGAAGUUUAUGACUUUAUUGCUACUUGCAGAUGGAUAUAUCAACUUGUCAAUCCACGCAGGAGAAAGUCUCUUUCUGAGAAUAAAGAUGGUGAUAUACCAAUGAAACCAGCUACUACGAAACCUUGCAAAAUCUUCAUACAUUGUGGGGAUGGUUAUACUGAAAGCUCUCUUCUUGCCCUGGCAUAUUUCAUGUAUGCCGAAGGUGCCCCUGCUCAUGAAGCCUGGCUAAGGCUACAUUGUGAGAAAAAGAGAAAUUUCUUCGCCUAUCCAACUGACGUCACAUUCCUCUUAGGGAUUCAACAAAAAUUGCUAAGUGAGAGCCCAAAUCCAAGGGCUCGACAACUAACACAUCGACCUAGCCCAAACUGGAUGACAAAAAUGGAUGGCUCUUUGCCCAGUCGAAUAUUGCCUUACAUGUAUCUUGGGAAUUUGGCUCACGCCACCAACCCGGAGCUACUUUGGUCCUUGGGGAUUCGCAGAAUACUAAGCGUUGGGGAACCUCUGUCCUGGAUGGCCGAGGACGUUGAAAAAUGGGGAGCCGAAAAUCUGUUGUAUAUCAAUGAAGUGCAGGAUAAUGGUAUUGACCCUUUGACUCAGGAGCUAGAGAGAUGCCUUGCAUUCAUUGGUAUGUUUUUCUCGCGUCUACUUCUCGCAUAUAAUCGGAAGGCCUAA